GCCCACAAGCCCGGCAGCUGAGGCCAAGGGGCGGAGCUAGCUGUCAGCCCUUUGCGCUUCCCUGCAGUGUUCCUUGCCGUUCCGGGUCAGAUGGACUCCGCCCCAGAGCUGCGUUGCCAGGUUUCAGGAUCCCGGAAGCGGAUCUGAGCGCAGCUGCUGUUGUGGCUGCUUCUUUCCAUGGUUUGAGAGCCGAUGAUGGCGGGGCAGGAAGAGCAGGAAGCCCGGGACAGGCUCGCACUAUGGGAUCGCGGUCCCGACCCACUGGCGCUGCUUACAGACAGGCAGACCGACUCAAUACUAGAAAUAAAGGCUGCUGCUGAGGAUCUGCCUGUACCUGCGGAGCUUCCAAUUGAAGAUUUAUGCAGCUUGACAUCCAGGUCAUUAACGGUAACACUGUCUGCAGCUGUUCCUGAAUCUACAGAGGACAUCCUCAAGCAAGGGUUUUCUAUGUUAGGGAUGGAAGAAGACAGAAUUGAAACUGCACAGCAAUUCUUUUCAUGGUUCGACAAGCUGCAGAUCCAUAUGGAUCAUGAUGGGAGCGCAAAGUACAGAGAGAUGCGAGAUUUCUUGGCGGGGUUUCAGGAGCAGUGCGAUGCAAUACUGAAUGAUGUUAACGUGGCACUCGAGCAUUUGGAGUCUCUCCAGAAACAAUAUCUUUUUGUGUCAACCAAAACAGGAACACUCCAUGAAGCCUGUGAGCAGCUCCUGAAGGAACAGUCAGAGUUUGUGCAGCUAGCAGAAAACAUUCAGCAGAAACUCUCCUAUUUUAAUGAAUUAGAAACUAUAAAUACGAAAUUAAACUCCCCUACAUUGUCUGUAAAUAGUGAAGGCUUCAUCCCCAUGCUGACAAAACUGGAUGACUGCAUAACGUAUAUUUCUGCACAUCCAAACUAUAAAGAUUAUCCCGUUUAUAUGGCAAAAUUUAAGCAAUGUCUUUACAAAGCUAUGCAUCUUAUGAAGAAUUACACUGUGAACACAAUGCAGAACCUCACCUCGCAGUUGAUUAAAAGGGAUUCAUCAAAUGCAUCAACUACUGACAAUGCCUUCACCCUGUUUUAUGUCAAAUUUAGAGCAGCAGCACCCAAAGUCCGGACACUAAUUGAGCAAGUAGAGCAGCGAUCUGAGAAGAUACCUGAGUACCAACAAUUGCUGAGUGAAAUACAUCAGUGUUAUUUGGAUCAGCGAGAGAGUCUACUGAGUCCAAGCAUUACUACUACAAUUACAGAUCUUACCAGCCAGAACAACAGAGAUCACUGUGCAUUGGUACGUAGUGGCUGUGCGUUCAUGGUCCAUGUAUGUCAGGAUGAACACCACCUUUACAAUGAAUUUUUCACCAAACCAACACCUAAAUUGGAUGUGCUUCUAGAGAAACUGUGUUUGUCUCUUUAUGAUGUCUUCCGGCCACUGAUCAUUCACGUUGUCCAUUUAGAAACAUUGUCUGAGCUGUGCGGAAUCCUUAAGAUUGAGAUGCUUGAAGACCAUGUACAGAACAGUGUGGAGCAUCUUGGAGCUUUCGCGGCUGUGGUGAAACAGAUGUUAGAAGAUGUUCAAGAAAGGCUGGUCUACAGGACGCACAUAUACAUUCAGAGCGACAUCUUGGGUUACAAGCCAGCUCCAGGAGACCUUGCAUAUCCUGACAAGCUAGAGAUGAUGGAGAAAAUUGCACAGAGCAUCAAAGAAGAACAACAGAGAUUACAUUCUACUGAAUCCUCCUUUUCAGAUGUCCACCUAGAAGAUCCAGACUCCAAUAAUCUUAUAAAAAGUGGAGCUUCAGAAUCAUUGAGCCAAAAGCCUCAGAACACAGUGUCCCCUGCUGACCUACAUGGGAUGUGGUACCCUACAGUCAGAAGGACACUCGUGUGUCUUUCCAAGCUUUACAGAUGUAUUGAUAGGGCGGUGUUUCAAGGAUUAUCCCAGGAGGCCUUGUCAGCAUGUAUCCAGUCACUGCUUGGAGCAUCUGAAGCCAUCACCAAAAACAAGACCCAGAUUGAUGGGCAACUGUUCCUUAUCAAACACCUUCUGAUCCUCCGUGAGCAAAUUGCUCCCUUCCACACCGAAUUCACCAUUAAGGAAAUUUCCCUCGACCUCAAGAAAACAAGAGAUGCUGCAUUUAAAAUUCUCCAUCCUAGGACAGUUCCCAGGUUCUUCAGGUUGAACAGCAAUAACGCUCUCCUGGAAUUCCUGUUGCAGGGAACACCUGAAAUCAAAGAGCAUUUCAUUGACUCCAAGAAAGAUGUUGACCGGCACCUUAAGGCUGCAUGUGAGCAGUUUAUCCAGCAGCAGAGCAAGAUUUUUGUAGAACCAUUGGAAGACUUCAUGACAAAGGUCACUGCACUGAAAACCAUGGCCAGUCAGGGGGGGCCAAAAUAUAGUCUGUCACAGCAGCCUUGGGCGCAACCAGUGAAGAUAAAUGACCUUGUGUCUUCCACCUACAAGACCAUGAAAACCAAACUACCGGUGACACUUCGUGGCAUGUCCUUGUAUUUGGCUAACAAAGAUACAGAGUUUAUCCUCUUUAAGCCAGUCAGGAGCAAUAUACAGCAAGUGUUCCAGAAGAUUCAUAUGCUACUGAAGGAAGAAUUUGCCAGUGAGGAUCUGCAGAUCAUUGCUUGCCCUUCAAUGGAACAGGUGAAUCUGUUGCUGUCUGUGACUAAAUAACCUAAAGAAAUAUCUGACUCUAUCCCUGCGGUACUGAGAAAGUGAAGCAGAAAUACAGGAAUGACUGCUCUGCAGUGUGCAGGCUGUUACAGGCGCCCAUGUCUAUGGGAAGGAAUGUCCGUCCUCCAGAAGCAAAGAAACCAUACCAAAGCAUUACUGAAAAGCAAACCCAAUACAAUGUUUCACUCAGAGGUGGAAACAAAUGAAACCCAUUUCCAUUUAUUCUUGAGUUUGCCAGGAUAGGCUGUUCUGCAGCACAUUGCACAGGAUGGGCGCACAGAAUAAACACAUCUUAGGCUGCAGCAACAGCAGGGGCUGUUUUGUAGUGGAGAUUUCAUAGUUUGGAAUAAAAUGUCCCUUUUUAUCCAAUCAAAUAUGAACUAAACAUCCGACAUGCACAAUAUAUCAAACAUUUGAUUAAUAUUUGUUGUAGAUCUCGCUCACUGGCCCUGAUAUCUAUGUAAGUGGCACAGUGAGAUAGAGGAUUAAGUAAAUGACUGGCUGCAGUACGUAAAUAGUGGCCGGGGGGAGCUGUUGGUUUGCCUGUUUGUCUAUUCAUUGGUGCUGUGAUCCCUGUAGCACUGUGCCAGCCUGUGGGGGAGCAGGUGUAGCGCAGCUGAGUGAGAAAUCAGUGAAAAACCCAUAUACAUUUAUACGUAUUUAUCCCGAUAAGCCUCCAUUCAUCUUAAUGAACUGACUUUAAUUAGAGACCUUUUAAAAUCAAGUUUUCAGCUAUGUGCAAGUAAGUGAGAAUACAGUAAUUCCAUGCAGUAAGUGACAUGGCAUCCUGUUCUGUUUUGCAAUGCUGUGAAAAUGAGAACUACAAAUCAAAUUUAUAUAUAAAUUGCAACCCAUGCUAUUGAGUCAGGUUGGAAGUUCUGAAGCUCCAUUGCACAUAAUUUAUUAUUUGGACCCUUUUUUAGCCAUUUUAUGUCUGACUACUGAAGGGUCUCCAGAAAAUGUCCAUAUUGUUGCUAAAAAAACACCAAACAUGUUGGGAUUUUUUUUUGCUUGAAAUCUGGCAUUCUGAUUAUUUCCUUAGAAUUUCCAGAUUUUCCGUUACUUUGGCAACUUUAGAAUCUUUAUAUUAAAAGAGAAGGAAAGGUACAAUCACUGUGGGUUGCCAAAAUGUUAGGAACCCCCCUCCCCACCCCAGUGAUUAUAAUCGCUUACCUGACCGCCCAGGUAUGUGCUCCUGUUUACUGAAAACUGCACUGUUCUGGGUAAUGCUGUGUGGGAGCAACAUGUCGGAAUCUCCAGCAAACAGGAGCGCCAGUCCAUGGUCUCAGGUGAUCCAUUAUAGUUGCGGUGGGGUAUGGGGUAUGCCCUCCCCCCAGUAAUUAUGCCUUUCCACCUCUUUUAAGGAUAGUUUAGGGUUUAAUGGGAUUUUGGGUGUUGUGCAUCUCUUUUAGAUCCAUUUACACUUUGUGCUUCUCUUAUUAUUCUGUUGCUUUAAAGAAUAUACUAAGGACAUCACAAUGGACAAUAUUCAUUUCCUCAGUCUAUCAGCCUGUAUAUUCUGUUUCAAUAUAGAUAUGCAAUUACACACCAAAUAGGUAUUGUGUGGGGUAUGCUUCACAAUUGACAUGCAAUCCUUGUGUUUAGAAUUGAAGGAAUAAAUGGGAGAAUAGUUCUUUUAGAAGUUGGGUUUAUAUAAAGUACAGAGCUUACAGGUUACAAUGAGAUUUCUCUUCUUUAAAGCUUCAACUGUAACUGCCUAGUGCCUUGUAACAUAUGUAUAUUUAUCUUUUAUAUUAGAUUUAGGCCUUUUGCCACCAGAAAAGCAUUUCUGGAAGCGAAAAGGUCACCAAGUGAUUAAUGUACAUAAAACGUUUUAACACCCUGUACAGCAUUAUAAUCAUUAUGGUAUAUAUAUAUAUUAAAGUGGGAACCUGGUUUCAUUCUCUCAGUAUAUAAAACAAAUUGGAAGAUUUAAAAUAUGGAUUCAUGGUGAAAGAUUGAUGGCAAAUUGUAAAACAGCUCGUUCCUCUAUGUACAGUUCACAGAUUUUAGGUACAACAUUGUACAUAGCAUAGUCAGAAAAUAUUUAAAUUGCUUAAAAUCAUCUGAAGAAAUUUGUUUUAGUAACUUUUUAUAAUAAAGGUUUUGCCUCCUUAA